AUGACGCAGAAUGUCCCCAGUGCACGCAAAGAGGAUGUGGAUCUCACCAUCCCUUAUGCUGAGGCUGCUUCCAGGGUCUGUGUAGCAAAUUUGCCCUACAACGUACCCGCCGCCACGGCCGCCGCCACGCUCAUCGUGAAAACCGCUGCUGUUCUGAUGACAAGGAACCUAUUCAUUGCCGAACCGUACAAGAAAUCUCCUCUUAGCGCACUAGCAUUGGGCCCCGUGUUCGAGAAGUCCGGCUUCCCCAAGGGCGAUUUCCAGGUUCUUCCAAGAGACGGUUCGACAGGGACAUACCUUGCAAACAUACGUGGAUUAGGCUGGUGA